AUGAAAGCACCUCUGAGCGUACUCUUCCUCUUCACCAGUUUGGGAUGCAAAGCCCAUGGCUGGAAUGAUAGAAGCAUGGUCUAUAAAUUUGACGACAUCAAACCGUCAGCCAACCUGACGUGGACACCAUGUUUCGAUGGCUUUACAUGCUCUAGACUGGAGGUUCCUUUGGACUAUUCAAACAAGAGUGUUGGCACCACGUCAAUUGCCUUUCUGAAACUCGCUGGAAAGAAUGCCACCGCCGAGUCUCCAAGUAUCAUAGUCAAUCCCGGCGGUCCGGGUGGUUCUGGCAUCGACCUCCUCCUCUCCAACCAGGCCCUCGCAAGCCUAGCCUUUGGAGAGCAGUACAACAUCGUCUCCUAUGACCCUCGCGGUGUGAACAACAGCGGCCCGAGCCUCGACUGUUUCUCGGGCAAUGCAGAAGCAAGAACCGCCUUCAAUCGACUACAUCGCACGGGCGUGACAAACAUCUCAUCAGCAUCGUUUGAGGAACAAUACUACUCAAGUUCCAUCUACGGAGAGUGGUGCAACGAUGCGGUCAAGAAAGAAUCGCCUCAUGGUUUUUAUGUGACUACACCCGCAGUCGCCCGCGACUUACUCACUUUCAUUGAGGCCGAGGCCGAGUUGGCUGGCCAGGCACCAUCAGAUGCCAAAUUGUGGCUCUAUGGCAUCAGCUACGGCACUGUUGUCGGUGCCACUUUUGCUUCCAUGUUUCCUGACCGAAUCGGGAGAAUGAUUCUUGACGGGAUUGUGGACGCAGAGCAGUACUAUGACAACGCCUGGAGUGUCAACGUCGCUCAGAUGGACGAGGCCAUGGGAACAUUCUCGAGCUUCUGCCAUGCCGCAGGUCCUGAAAAAUGCUCCUUCUGGGGGCCUACACCAGCAAACAUUAUAGCCAGAAUGGACAAGGUCAUCCUUCAACUUCAGAACCAUCCUGUCCCUAUAAGUAACGCUCAGAGUCGAGGCCUGCCGGCGUUGGUCACAUAUUCAGACCUCAAGGCCCUUUUCGUUACUUCUCUAUACGUCCCAGCAGCGUCCUUCCCAGUCAUGGCCGACAUCCUACAUCAGCUCGAGCGUGGGAACGCGUCUGCUCUGGUGGGCAUGUUUGACGGGCAAGACGCCACGUUCGAUUCCGGCCACGUUAUCCAAUGCGCCGAUUCAUAUCGGAGAAACAAGCUUACUUCCAUCAAAGAGUUCAAGAGCUAUGCCGAGUAUACGGUCUCCAAGAGCAAGUACAUCGGCGAUGUCUAUCCCAUCUUCGUGGACUCCAUCUUAUGCCGAUCAUUCCGACCACAACUGCCUGACAGCAUGGUGGUUCAAGGUGAGCAUCUCUCUCGUCCUAUUGGACUAGACAGACCUACGUCUUUCCCGAUCCUGAUAACGAGCAAUACCAUUGACCCUAUAACGCCAUUGAACUCAGCGCGUACAACAUCUUCACGAUUUCCCGGCUCGAUACUUCUCCUGCAAGAAGCCGUUGGUGUGAGUUGUUCUCGCAUCUCAUCCUCAAAACCAUCCGCAAUAAGAGUCUGA